GCCGCCGUCCGCCAACUCGGGAGCUCGCGCUCCCGGGCCGUGGGGGCGAGAACGCCGGCGGUGGCGGCGGCGAGCGACGCCCCCAGGCAGCCGCAAACUUCGCGGCGGCGUCCGCGGUCUGGCGAGACACACACCUCGCAACGUCAAAUCCAAUUCCCUUCCCCUACCUGAGCGAUGGAGGCUGAGGCCACCGCCAGAGCGUCCCGGCCGCCCGCCCCUGCCUAGCGGCUAGCUGAGGGGACCAACAGCGCCACGGCGAGCGAGAGUGGAGGGGCGAGCGAGUCUGUCUGCAAAGUGCUGCUCCCUGGUGCUCAGAGGCGGCUGCUCCAGCUCCAGCUCCAACUCUCAUUCAUUUCGCCGGUUAACAUGAGAGAUCAUGGCCGCCUUCGGGCUUCUCAGUUAUGAACAGAGACCGCUGAAGCGCCCGCGGCUCGGGCCGCCCGAUGUCUACCCGCAGGACCCCAAGCAGAAGGAGGAUGAACUUACGGCUGUGAACGUAAAACAGGGUUUCAACAAUCAGCCAGCCUUCACUGGAGAUGAACAUGGCUCUGCGAGAAACAUUGUAAUCAACCCCUCAAAGAUCGGCGCGUACUUCAGCAGCAUAUUGGCUGAGAAACUAAAGCUUAAUACUUUCCAGGACACCGGAAAGAAGAAACCCCAAAUUAAUGCUAAAGAUAAUUACUGGCUGGUUACUGCUCGAUCUCAGAGUGCAAUUCAUAGUUGGUUCUCUGACUUAGCAGGGAAUAAACCACUUGCUGUUUUGGCGAAAAAGGAGCUGCCUCUGGCCAAGUCAGGUGUCCCUCAGGUCCCCAUCCUUAGUAAAAAAGAGGACGUUUUUGCAUAUUUAGCUAAGUAUUCUGUGCCAAUGGUUCGAGCAACGUGGCUGAUCAAGAUGACUUGUGCCUAUUAUUCUGCUAUUUCUGAAGCUAAGAUUAAGAAGCGCCAGGCUCCAGACCCCAAUUUGGAGUGGACGCAAAUAUCUACCAGGUACCUUAGAGAGCAGCUGGUCAAGAUCUCUGACUUUUACCACAUGGCCUCCAGUACAGGGGACGGUCCUGUCCCCGUGCCACCAGAGGUCGAGCAAGCCAUGAAGCAGUGGGAGUACAAUGAGAAGCUGGCAUUUCACAUGUUCCAGGAAGGGAUGUUGGAAAAACAUGAGUAUUUGACGUGGAUCCUGGACGUCCUAGAAAAGAUCAGACCAGUGGACGACAACCUUCUCAAGCUCCUUCUGCCACUGAUGCUGCAGUACUCAGAUGAGUUUGUCCAGUCUGCCUACCUGUCUCGUCGUCUAGCGUACUUUUGUGCCCGGCGUCUUUCCUUGCUACUGAGUGAUAGCCCCAGCCUCCUCGCUGCUCACUCACCCCACAUGAUAAUCGGAGCAAACAACACGAGUAUUGGGACCCCCAGUCCUGGCACCCCUGGCCCUGGCAUGAGCCCCAUGCAGCUGGCCUUCUCGGAUUUCCUUUCCUGUGCGCAACAUGGCCCCUUGGUUUAUGGACUUAGUUGUAUGUUGCAGACUGUCACUCUGUGUUGCCCAAGUGCCUUGGUGUGGAACUAUUCCACAAACGAAAAUAAGAUCGCAAACCCAGGCUCUCCCCUGGAUCUGCUGCAGGUUGCCCCUUCCAGCCUCCCCAUGCCGGGUGGGAAUACGGCUUUCAAUCAGCAGGUUCGGGCAAGGAUUUAUGAGGUAGAACAGCAGAUCAAACAGCGAGGCCGUGCAGUAGAGGUCCGGUGGUCUUUUGACAAGUGUCAGGAGUCAACAGCAGGGGUGACUAUUAGUCGGGUUUUGCACACACUGGAAGUCUUGGACCGUCAUUGCUUUGACCGCACUGAUUCCAGCAAUUCGAUGGAGACGCUCUAUCAUAAAAUUUUCUGGGCGAACCAAAACAAAGAUAGCCAAGAGGUUGCCCCCAAUGACGAAGCAGUGGUGACGUUGUUAUGUGAGUGGGCUGUGAGCUGCAAACGAUCUGGCAAGCACAGGGCCAUGGCCGUGGCGAAACUCUUGGAGAAAAGGCAAGCAGAGAUUGAGGCAGAGAGAUGUGGUGACUCAGAAGUCCUGGAUGAGAAGGAGUCAAUUUCUUCAGCCUCGCUUGCUGGGUCUAGCUUGCCUGUUUUCCAGAAUGUUUUGCUAAGAUUUUUAGAUACACAGGCCCCAUCACUGUCGGACCCCAACAGCGAGUGCGAGAAGGUGGAAUUUGUGAACUUGGUGCUGCUCUUCUGUGAGUUUAUCCGCCACGACGUCUUCUCCCAUGAUGCGUACAUGUGCACCCUCAUCUCGCGAGGAGAUCUGUCCAUCACUGCCUCUGCAGGAGAGAAUGCAGACGAACACUAUUCCAAGGACCAUGAUAUGAAGAUGGAGAUUUUCUCUCCCAUGCCUGGAGAGUCCUGUGAGAAUGCCAACCCUUCCCUGAGCCGAAGAAUGUCGGUUAAUGGUGAGAAACUGCUGAAGAGAGAAAAACCAAGGGAGUUGAUCUUUCCAUCAAAUUAUGACCUCCUCCGCCACCUGCAGUACGCAACCCACUUUCCCAUACCUCUGGAUGAGUCUUCAAGUCAUGAAUGUAACCAGCGCACAAUCCUUCUCUACGGAGUCGGGAAAGAGCGUGACGAAGCCAGGCAUCAGCUGAAGAAGAUUACCAAAGAUAUCCUGCGAAUCCUAAACAAGAAGAGCACCGCGGAAUCAGGGGUUGGGGAUGAAGGACAGAAAGCCAGGAAGAACAAGCAGGAAGUUUUUCCUACCCUGGAAACCGUGUUCACGAAACUCCAGCUCCUCUCAUACUUUGAUCAACAUCAAGUGACAUCUCAGAUCUCUAACAACGUGCUGGAGCAAAUCACAAGCUUUGCGUCUGGAACAUCCUAUCACCUGCCUCUGGCUCAUCAUAUCCAACUCAUCUUUGAUCUCAUGGAGCCGGCACUGAACAUCAAUGGACUAAUUGACUUUGCAAUACAGUUACUGAAUGAACUGAGCGUGGUUGAAGCUGAGCUGCUCUUGAAGUCUUCUAGUCUGGCAGGAAAUUACACUACAGGACUGUGUGUCUGCAUUGUGGCUGUGCUCAGGAGGUAUCAUAGUUGCCUGAUCCUAAAUCCUGAUCAGACAGCCCAGGUGUUUGAAGGGUUGUGUGGCGUGGUGAAGCAUGUUGUCAACCCCUCAGAAUGUUCUUCCCCUGAAAGGUGUAUCCUGGCCUACCUCUAUGACCUCUAUGUCUCAUGUAGCCACCUCAGGAGUAAAUUUGGAGACCUUUUCAGUAGUGCCUGUUCAAAAGUAAAGCAGACCAUAUAUAAUAACGUAAUGCCUGCAAAUUCCAACUUACGCUGGGAUCCAGACUUCAUGAUGGACUUCAUUGAGAAUCCCUCAGCAAGAAGCAUCAACUACUCGAUGCUGGGCAAGAUCCUCAGUGACAACGCUGCUAACCGGUACAGCUUUGUCUGCAACACACUGAUGAACGUGUGCAUGGGCCACCAGGAUGCCGGCCGGAUAAAUGACAUAGCCAAUUUCUCCUCUGAGUUAACUGCUUGCUGUACAGUUCUUAGUUCGGAGUGGCUGGGGGUUCUGAAGGCUCUUUGUUGUUCUUCAAAUCAUGUGUGGGGAUUUAAUGAUGUACUCUGCACUGUAGAUGUGAGUGACCUUUCGUUCCAUGAUUCAUUAGCUACUUUCAUUGCUAUCCUGAUAGCACGACAGUGCUUCUCCCUGGAGGACGUCGUGCAACACGUCGCUCUUCCCUCUCUCCUAGCGGCAGCUUGCGGAGACGCGGAUGCUGAGCCCGGGGCAAGAAUGACAUGCCGCCUCUUGCUUCACCUCUUCCGAGCUCCCCAGGCCUGCUUUUUCCCUCAAGCAACAGGCAAACCUUUUCCUGGAAUAAGAUCAUCUUGUGAUAGACACCUCCUAGCCGCCGCUCACAACAGCAUAGAAGUGGGAGCCGUCUUUGCUGUCUUAAAGGCAAUUAUGAUGCUUGGAGAUGCCAAGAUUGGCAGUAACAGUGUCACCACUUUAAAGAAUGAAGACUUCGGCAUGAGGGGUUUGCGACGCGAUGGGAAUGCUGAGGACGCCUGGGCCACCUCGCAGAAUUCGAAAUCCUAUGGGAAGAGCAUUUCCAUAGAAACUGCCAACCUAAGAGAAUAUGCUAGAUACGUACUGAGGACUAUCUGCCAACAGGAGUGGGUAGGAGAACAUUGCUUAAAAGAACCAGAACGACUAUGUACAGACAAAGAACUUAUUUUGGACCCCGUGCUUUCAAACAUGCAAGCCCAGAAAUUGCUGCAGCUGAUCUGUUACCCUCAUGGCAUUAAAGAGUGUACAGAGGGGGACAACCUGCAAAGACAGCACAUUAAGCGCAUCCUUCAGAACCUUGAGCAGUGGACAUUGAGACAGUCCUGGCUAGAACUUCAGUUAAUGAUCAAGCAGUGCUUGAAGGACCCCAGCUCUGGUUCUGUGGCUGAAAUGAACAACUUACUGGACAAUAUUGCCAAGGCAACAAUAGAGGUGUUCCAGCAGUCUGCAGACCUAAAUAACAACGCCCCCAAUUCUGGCAUAAGCCUCUUCAACCCCAACGGUAUUGGAAGUGCCGAUGCAAGCAGCACGAGACAGAAUGGAAUAAAGACAUUUUUAAGUUCCUCUGAACGCAGGGGUGUAUGGCUGGUGGCCCCCCUCAUCGCCAGGCUACCGACCUCUGUGCAGGGAAGAGUGCUGAAAGCUGCUGGGGAAGAGCUGGAGAAGGGACAGCACCUGGGCUCUUCUUCCAAGAAGGAAAGAGACAGGCAGAAACAGAAAAGUAUGUCUCUUUUGAGUCAGCAACCUUUCCUCUCCUUGGUCCUUACCUGCCUUAAGGGGCAAGAUGAGCAACGGGAGGGCCUCCUAACAUCUCUGCAGAAUCAAGUCAAUCAGAUUUUAAGUAACUGGAGGGAAGAAAGAUACCAAGAUGAUACAAAAGCCCGCCAGAUGAUGCACGAGGCUUUGCAGCUCCGGCUAAAUCUGGUGGGAGGAAUGUUUGACACGGUCCAGCGGAGCACCCAGGGGACCACUGACUGGGCUCUCCUCCUCCUCCAGAUCAUUACUUCAGGAACUGUUGACAUGCACACUAACAAUGAGUUAUUCACCACAGUUCUUGACAUGCUGGGUGUUUUAAUCAACGGGACAUUGGCUUCUGACCUAUCAAAUGCUUCCCCCGGGGGAUCUGAAGAGAACAAACGUGCAUACAUGAAUUUAGUAAAGAAACUGAAAAAAGAACUAGGAGACAAGCGAUCAGAAAGCAUUGACAAGGUUCGACAGCUUCUGCCUUUGCCAAAGCAGACAUGUGAUGUCAUCACUUGUGAACCCAUGGGUUCUUUGAUCGAUACAAAGGGAAACAAAAUUGCUGGAUUUGAUUCCAUCGACAAAAAACAGGGUCUCCAGGUCUCUACGAAGCAGAAGGUGUCCCCAUGGGACCUGUUUGAGGGUCAGAAGAACCCGGCUCCUCUGUCCUGGGCCUGGUUCGGCACUGUCCGUGUGGACCGGAAGGUGGUAAAAUAUGAGGAACAGCACCACUUCCUUCUGUACCACACACACACCAUGCCUAAGCCCCGAAGCUACUACCUGGAACCACUGCCCCUCCCUCCUGAGGAAGAAGAGGAAGAGCCCACGUCCCCAGUGUCUCAGGAACCAGAAAGGAAAUCCGCUGAACUGUCAGAUCAAGGAAAAAGCGCUGCUGAGGAGGAGAAGAAGACAAAGGGAAGGAAGCGUAAGACAAAAUCAAGCUCACGCAUUGAUGAGUAUCAGCAGAGCAACAUGUACCGAGUGCCUCCUAACUACUCGCCCAUGUCCUCCCAAAUGAUGCAUCACCCGCAGCCUGCGCUGUGGGGAUACAACCUGGUGAGCCAGCCCCAGCAGCCCAGUUUUUUCCUUCAGAAUCAGUCACUGAAUCCAGGUGGCUCCAGAUUGGACCCUGCAGGCUCCUAUGUCCCAACCAACACGAAGCAAGCCUUGUCCAACAUGCUGCAGAGGCGCUCGGGUGCCAUGCUGCAGCCGCCUUCCCUUCAUUCGAUCACGUCUCAGCAGCAGUUGCUACAGAUGAAGCUUCUGCAGCAGCAACAGCAGCAACAGCAACAGCAGCAGCAGCAGCAGCAGCAGCAGCGGCUCCUCCGGCAGGCCCAGACUCGGCCUUUCCAGCAGGGCCAGCCAGGGGACCAGGCUGCUCUCUUUACUGCACAAUCACGGCCCUCCCCUCAGCUCCCUCAGUAUCCAGGGCUGCAACAAGCACAGACCAUGCCCCAGGGCUACACCAUGUAUGGGACACAGAUGCCUUUGCAGCAGGCAGCUCCGCAGCAGUCUGGAGGUGUGGUCCUCUCCCCCAGCUACAACUCCAGAGCCUAUCCGGCCGCACAUUCCAGCCCAGCGCUGAUGGAAAGACUCCGCCAGCUGCAGCAGCAGCCAAGUGGCUAUGCGCAGCAGCAGGCCUCGCCGUACCUGCAGCCCGUAGCUGGCUCUCAGAGACUGAACCACCAGGCUCUACAGCAGAGCCCUCUGGUGGGCGGGGGAAUUGAUGCUGUGCUGACUCCCGCACAUCCCACCCUCCCCUCGGUGCCCCUGCCUCAGGACCCAUUGAGGCCCAGACAGCCGCAAGUUCGACAGCAGCAGAGACUCCUCCAGAUGCAGCAGCCCCAGCAGGCCCCCCAGCCCCAGCAGCCCUCACAGCCCCAGAGUCAGGCCCUUGGUCUCCAAGCAAUGCAGCCCCAACAGCCUUUGUUCCCCAGGCAAGGCUUGCAGCAGACCCAGCAGCAGCAACAGACAGCCGCCCUGGUGCGACAGCUCCAGAAGCAGCUUUCUAGUAAGUACCUGUCUCAAGGGGAGCUGGGGGAGAUGUGGCAAUCAGCAGCUAGAAGCCUGGAACAGUGGGAACUCCUCAGAAACCGCACCGUGUUCUCUGUGCCACACUGCGAUGUUUCGAUCCCAUUCUGACAGUAACGUUUGCUUUGAGUCAGAGGGCAGAGCUAGCCACAAGCUGAACAAACUUAACUAUAGAGGUUUCAGAGGACUGUAGACAGAUGGGAGACAGGAAGUUGUAAGGCAGGGUGGAGAGAGCUUACAGCCCUUUUGGAUUGAGGAAUGGAAGAGAGAGGAGGUCACUGGUGACUUCUGCUUCUCCGAUCAUCCAAGCUCUUACCUCGAUAUCUGACUCCUGACUUUUUAUUGAUAAAGGAUAAUUAGAUAAACACUUUGGUGCCAUUUUAAGUAUGUUCCUAAUUGAAAUAGAAUUAAAUCACCUUCCCCCUCUUUUUCUUUUGUCUAGCAUCUCUUGGCUACAUUUCGUUAAACCCCUCCCAUACCUCUUCUAUCAAGUUGAUAGUUUCUUUUUAUUUGAUUGCUUUUGUUACAUACGUACGUACAUACACUCCUUUGUACAUACAUUUUUUUUUUGCCCAAGCUGUUACUUAGUCAGUAUGGCCUAUUAAAUAAUCUGUGAUUAAACAAUGAAACAGAAUGAGGUGUUAGAACCAAUAUUCUUUCCAAGAAUACAGUCUGAAGGCGGAGGUUAGCGCUACGGUGUUUACAAGUCAGUCCCGAGGAGCCGGGGAGCAUGUUGGCCUGCUCUGCUGUGUCCCAUAGCACCACCCUUGAGCAAGUUAGAUGAGUCAGUUUCUCUAAUCCCAAAGCAUUGUGUUGGCAAGUGUGAGAUUCUCACAUGGAGACGUCCCCUCUUCAGAAUGCACUUGGUCGCCCAGUGUGAUUAUUGGCCUAGGGUCUAGCCAGUUGAUUUGUUCCCCCUUACUGGAGGCUGUCCCUGACAGGAACACCAGAGCGGAAGCAUUAUGUGCAGCACAAGUUUGUUCCUGUAACGGUUAACUCUGCUUUUCCACUAGGUAACCAGCCACAGCAAGGAGUGACCCCCUGUGCGCACCCUUCACACUUUUGAAUCCGAGAGAGAAGACGCGAAGUUUAUGUUUGCACUGAGAAACAGAAAAUCACAUUUAUUAGUCAUCAUAAGAAGUCUCCUUUGGUCUUUGAGUUAUUUAUGUUUCCCUAUAUUUUAUGCUACACUUCUUGCAGAGGUAUUUAAAUAAGUAAAGAAGUUGUGGUUUGGUUUUAUCAUUUUCAAAGUAGGUUGUAAAAUGUGGAUCACGCAGCAGGCCUACUCCAGAUAGUGUGGUUGGUAGCUGACCUUUUGAAACUGGUGCUUUUUAUCUCAUAUUUACAUAAUGAAUGAAGUACGGUAGGUUUAAAUAUUUAUGUAUUAAUGAAUGAUUUUUUUUUAAGCCUGUGGUAGACCAAACUACUGAUUUGAAAGAUGUGGCAAUUCUCACGGGAGGAUGACACAUUUACUCUGCAUCCCCCUGUGAUGGCGGGGCGAACAUUGAUUCGCAUCGUUCUAAUUUGAAAUGUUGAUCAUUUCAUAAGCACUUUAUAAACUUUGUUCCCAGUUAUGAAGGACUUUGCUUUGCUUUCGUUUUGUGGUCCAAAGGUGCUGAAACAGAUUGUUGCUUAGUACUUCCGCUUCUUCAGGGCUUCAGAGAUGUGCGGGAGCCUCUUCCAAGUGACUGCACUCAACCUUGUUUCUGGUGGCAAGCUCUUUCACCAGAUUCUCCGUGAAGGUACAGCAGCUACUGGAGGUCAGAAGAGCCACGGUGGAAUCAGUUCAUUUACUUACUGCCAGUUUUGGUAAAAACUGUCCAGUUUUGGUUCUUCAGAACCUCAUGCCAACUUGAGAAAAAAAAAAAAAGAUAAACAAAUCUCACAGCUGGCCUUAGAUUCUACUGUGCUUAGACUUGACACGGUUUCCAGAGAGUCUGGCUCCACAGUCCAGAAGACUCUGGUAAUUCAUCAAAGGUGUACUUACUAUUAAUUUUGUAUGGUAAGUAUUUGCUACUUUGAAUUUAAUUAUUAAUGUUGGUGUCCGUCUUGGUUGUGUAUUGCUUAUACUGUAUUUAUAAACUGGUGCAAAAAGCACAAGUAAAGUAAAUUAUACUCAAAUUUAUUAUAAAGAAAUAGUAACUAUUUUAACUUUGUUCAAGUAUGUGGUAAUUUGCUCCUAUUAGAGUGAAAAAAUACAGUAAAUUAUUAUCAGUUUGUGUAACUUAAGAGUAUUCCACAUAAUAUUUUUUUAGAAUUAGAUGCAUAAAAUUUUGAAUGUGAAAAUUGCAGGGCAUUUUAAGACACAUGUAGGGAAUCUUCCCUUGUUCUUUGUUGGGUUCAUUUUCUUUUUGCCAUUUGAUUUCAUAUGUAAUGUAGUCAAGCAUACUGUGAAUAGAUUGUCUGUGAAGAGCAAACCAUGUAGAACUACUUUUUAAAAAUGUAGCUAGUACAACUUUAGAUAAUUUCUUUUGCAGAUCAUUAUAUAAAUAGUUUAUAUCUUCCUAGGUGAGUUACUCAUUCAAAUGACCUCAGAUACAUGUUUGCUUCCUUUGCCAUGGCAACAUCCAUGUGAACUGCUUUGUACACUGUGAAAUAUAGCCCUCCAGCCUGCUUGUUUUGUGUUUACUGUGGGCUGGGAAAGACUUUUCCAAACAUUAAAGACCAUUCUUUCCACUAAGCGAGCAUUCUAUCUGCUUUCGACAAUGCAGUCCAUUUCAGUCAGCUUCGCUUGCCUCUCCGGAGUCAUGCUUUCAGCUUACAAAGAUAGUUUUCUUCAAAGUAACAUACCACGUGACUGCAUUGGCAGAACCACCGCAGCGCGAAUGUUGUGCCUAGUGGGUGAGUCACGCCCUGUUCCUUCUGGUCUUUACUCCAUGGUUGUUGGUAGUUAGGAUUCCAGUUUCAGUCUGAACCAUCCGUUUCUGUAGCUCAGCGUCGCACACCGCAGCAGGAGUGGGAGAACUGCGUAGCGUUUGUACGCACUUUACACUUUGCCGAAGUUGGCUUGCUCAUCUGUUUGCACACAAAGGCGAUGGUCCCUUUGUUGCUGUCUGUUCUGUUUCUUGAGAUGAGGAAGGCCAGUCAUGCUAAGGCCCCCUUAAGUAAGAGAUGCCACGGUGGCUGAGGAAAAACCUAGAACUGUUUCCCCCUGUGCAUUAUAAGGAAAGCAACUGGAAUUUUAAAUUUAGCUGUCAUAUUUACUGACACGUAAUUUGACACUCUGAGAGGGAUUUUUAUUUAUCUUUCAGAGCAAAUGCAUGCGGGUGGUAUUAAAAUGGUCAGAAGGGAAACCCCUAUUGUGGAUUGCGGAUAGGAAAUUGUCUUAAGAUUAAAAAGCUCAGCUUUUUAAGAUCAGACCUUGAACUAUGAUGGAAUCGGGUAUACUUAACCUUAAUUUCUGACUAUAAGAACCACUUAAUUUAUGUGUUAUAUUACAGGCCGAUUCAUUUUAGGAUUGCACUUCUUGUUUUAUUUACCCUUCCUCAUCUGAAAGUAGAGGUAUCAUUCGACCUCUGGCAGCCGUAGAGCACUGAUGUUAACAGCAAUCAGCUCAUGACUGAGGCAGGCAUAUGAUGGAGACCCAGUGGAGUUAAGUCUCAAAUGAUUGACACAAGCUAACAAAGCUCUUAGCUUUAGUGUUCUAACCUAACUCAGUAAGACUCGAAAAGGCUCCUGCCAUUCACACAUAGAUGACUAUUUGAUCAGAAGCCAGAGAAAUUAUGUUAAGGAAACCCCAGACUUUCGAAUAAAAGAGGCAAAUCAUACGAUUACCCCCAUAUAUAUUUGGGUUGAAUUAAACAUGGAAUAUAAGUACAGCAAAUUACACAGAAAGCAUUCAGAUUUUAAAGACAGGGGAACUUCAUUAUGUGUACGAGGUCUAGACUCUUGGAAAGGAGCGAUUCCUCCUUAGAAAACCUUUCUUAGAAAUGGCUCCGAACAGCUGGUGCCUUAGCCAGGUUUUAAAGUUAGAAAGUGGUUUCAUUGUCCUUGCAAAGCCUUUUCAGGGUGACAAAUGUGUGGACAGAUGUGCAGCACCCUUUUCA